AUUUGAAAUUGCAUGCCAUUGACACGAGAACGGACUUUAGCUGUUCAAGAUCAAGAAGGAAAGGCUUGUAUUCGCCUUCUUUAUCGAUUUCCCGAAGUUGUGUGAAGCACUGACCUAGCGUAACAUGUGGCUCGUGCGGCAGGAUAUGUCUGCUCUCAAUCAUGUUCCAUUUACCCGCGGCAUUUUCAGCAGCGGCAAUAACAAUCAAUAUAUUCGCGUCGUGAACGAUUUUGGAAACUGAGUCUGUGCAGCACGAAGAAAUUUGUUUCAAAUUAAAGACAAGAAAAUGUCGAACAGCAAAUGUAUUAAACAACCACGCAAGAGCUAUGCGAAGGAACAGCAGCAAGAAAUGACACACUCGGAAAAAUUACGAUUGAUAGAUGAUGAAUUAAAUUCUUUUUACAAGUAUUGUCAACAGGCAGGAUUUACAGAGGAAGAAAUGGAUAUUAUUUGUCAACCAUUGGUGGCUGCAAUGCGCCGUUCAUGGUUGCAACUUGUCUUCCGUGGUAUGCUUGUUCUUAUAAUUAUCGGGACUUUGGCCUGUCUAGCAGCUCAGUUAGACUUUGUUGGAACUCAUUUCUCUGCGAUCAGUCGUCUGUUACUCAUCAAGGUUCUGCCAAUUUGGAAUUGGCAACCUUUGUAUUAUGAAAAUUGUAUGAUCAACAAUCCUUUCUACAAUGAUUACACGAUUACAGAAGAAGACUGUGUGACUUGCGAAGCAUUGGAAACCAUCGAUCGUUUAUCAGAUGUAAGAUAUCGGAAUCUUGUCGAUAAUUAUUUGAGUCGCGACGCGCCUGCAAUUAUCACAGACGCGAUGGAUUCUUGGGCAGUUAUGAACACAGAUUAUUUCUGGUUUGAUAACAUUACUCAUCUGUAUUUGGAAAACGAACGAUUGAUGGAAACGGUACCCUGCGCUCUAACUUCUAAUUUGAGAACCGGAUCAUCCGAUUUAGCAGCAUUUUUACGUCGAGUACAUUCCCCGGAAGUGGCUAAAUGGUUCGUCCACUGGCAGAACUGCGACAUCAACGCGGUAAAAGUGUUAAGAAAAUAUUACCAACGACCGUACUUCCUUUCGAGCACAGUCUCGCCAGCGCAUUUCAAUUGGGUACUCAUGUCUUCGGAUUACAAUAGUCCGAGUUAUAAAAAAGUCGAACUAGAUUCUGGGUUGAUCGCACUCGCCCAAUUGCGAGGAGCUACGCAGCUUCGUUUAACACCCAUAAAUCCUUGCAAUAGCUCUUGUCCCGAACUAAUAGCGGAUCUGCACCAAGGCGAAAUGUUGGUAUUUACCAAUUUGAUGUGGACUUUGGAGUACGCGCCAAUGAGAGGAUUAGACAAUAUUGCUAUCUUAACCGAGACUGUCUGGGAAGAAGAUACGUAGAUCAAAACUUUUUUUUAAUUUUUAUCUCUUUAGUCCUUGAUAUUCGAGAUCUGUAUAUCGCUCGAUUAUACAUAUAAAUAUAUAUGUAUGUACGCUUAUUAUAUCACAGCGCCAUAGUACACUUCAAAUAAAGUACUU